UGAAAUUGCAGCUGCGUGGGGAUGCGGGAUUGUACCUGUGUGUUGUGGCGUCCUCGUUAUUAGCUAACUGUCCUCGUACGCUCUUAAGAAGUCGUGUAAGCUAUGUCAGCAAACUAGGGUCAACGUUGCUUCAAGAAAAUAAUAAUUGUGACAAAAGUGACAGUAGUCGUUUGGCAAGAAAAUACGUAGAAAAUGUGAAAGGCGGGGUUGUUUUCGUGAACACCCUCGUGCUUCUAAGUAACUUUGGACAGCCAUAGGGCUACGGUUGCUAGCUAGUUAGCUGUCAGGAAGCUGACAAAUCCACAAGUGGCCAUGCUUAUAUGGAUAGUGUUAACCUGUUAGUCGCAUUAUUUCGCUUGAGGACCUGCUGUUUACCUGGAUUCAGUUACACGUUCGGUCGAGAAAUGCACAUUAAUUCUUUCCAAACGUAACGCCCGGUCUUGCACCUGACGAGGUUUGGGUUAGCAGUGACAGGUCGGAUGCUAAUGCUUUGACAGGUCGGGACGGAUGACAGCGUUGUCUCGCAGCAUCUGGAUUCAACGAGUUCAGUGAAUGAAUGGAAGCCAGGCUAAACAGCUGGACUGCCAGUUAAACCGAGAUUUGAUAAACUGACAGACGGUAGCGAUUCCGUAGAUAAGGUCGUGAACAAACUGACCUUUGUUUUACAAGUUUACAAUGACCAGUCGUUCAUUCAUGAACUUUAUGUGCCUCGGGAAUCGAGUUGUCGCAGUCCUGAAUGGAACCUGUGUUCGUCGCCUCACGCCUGUCCUGUUUGGAAUACGACAUGUUGUAUCGCAUGCCGAUGCUGGGUUCAAACCCGAAAAAGUUGCGGUGGUCACGAAGACGACAAGAUAUGAAUUUGAGCAGCAAAGAUACCGUUAUUCAGAACUUUCCCAGGAGGAUCUGAAACAGCUGUUGGCAAUGAAAGGUUCUAGCUACUGUGGUCUUUUGGAGAGGCACAACAUCCACACACGCAACGUGGAACACAUAGUGCACAGUCUACAACAAGAGGGAGUUGAAGUGCGUGUGGUGAAGAGGGGGGAAUACAGUGAAGAAACGGUGAAAUGGGCCGAUGCCAUCAUCUCUGCUGGCGGUGAUGGGACCAUGUUACUAGUGGCCAGUAAGGUGUUCAGCAGGGACAAACCAGUUGUUGGUGUCAAUACUGAUCCGGAGAGGUCAGAGGGUCACCUGUGUCUGCCUGUGCAUUACACACACGCCUUCCCUGAGGUGCUCCACAAACUCAGACGGGGGGACUUCAGGUGGCAGUGGCGCCAGAGGAUCCGUCUGCACCUGGAGGGCACGGGGAUCAACCCCACCCCGGUGGACCUCCACGAACAGCAGCUGAGCCUGGAGCAGCACAACCAGGCCCACCGCAUCACCACCCUGCAGGCCCAGCGCUGUACGCCCCCGCCAGCACCCUGCGCCACCAUGUGUGCAGUGGAUGGAAACCCCUCCAAGCCUUACCUUCUCCCCGUCCGAAGUCUGAACGAAAUCUUCAUCGGUGAAUCUCUCUCCUCGAGGGGGAAGUUUAAAUCCUUCAAAGCUCAUCUCACCCUCUCGCUCCAUAGGGCCUCCUACUAUGAGAUGUCCGUGAACGACGGCCCCUGGGAGAAGCAGAAGAGUUCAGGCCUCAGCGUAUGCACUGGUACCGGGUCCAAAGCCUGGUCCUAUAAUAUUAACAAACUUGUUGAACAAGCUGUGGAGGAUGUCCUUAGAAUUGGAAAGGCACAAACGGGUCUUGAUAUUCCACUGAACCAGGAACUGAUAGGAAAAGUUACAGAGAAGUACAAUGAGUCUCUGGUGUACGGCCCUGAGGACGGUAGAAUGUUCUACAGCAUCAGAGAACCCAUCGUCAACAGGGUGUUCUCCAACAGCCGUCAGCGAGGCUUCGCCAACCGGGUGUGCGUGCGUUCACGCUGCUGGGACGCUUGCAUGGUGGUGGACGGGGGGACGUCGUUCGAGUUCAACGACGGCGCCGUAGCAACGAUCACCAUGAGCGACGAAGACCAGCUGCGGACCGUUCUUCUGUGAAGCUGAUUGGUCCGUCGCCUGGCGGAGAGCACAGACUCCUCCUCCGUGGGCGUCGAGAGGUGCGUCGUAGCAGUGGACGGAGGAGGCUAGUCUGGUACAGCAGGACUUGUGACGUUGGUGAUCUUGAGGUGAACUUGGUCAGAUGUUGUUUUUCAUCUGGAGGGGGGGGAGAGAAGGUUAGGGUAAGAAACAGGAUGCGGGACAGAGGGGUUAGGGUGAGAGGGGAUUGGGGGUGAGAGGGGAUUGGGGGAGAGAGGGGAUUGGGGGAUAGAAGUGGUAUGGUGAAAUUCACAAAUGAAGUUUUUGACUGGAUUGACUUUGAUUUGGUUAAACAGCAAAGAAAUCACAUUAGACUAUUUUGGGGAGGGUUCCCUUUCUCUUUGCACGACCCGUCAAAGUUCUUUCCAGAGACACAUCCCUUCUCUAAACUGACCUUGCCAGUAAAAGUGUACUAGCUUGUGUGGUGUUGAUUUUUUGUUUUCUUUUAUUGUUUCCUGAUUUUACUGGAAUGCAGCCUUAAAUUGUAACUCUCCACUCUGUGGUGGAUCUCCUGUCGUCCAGUAUAGUGAACCGUCCCCUUCAUGAGCUGACUUUGAGGCAUUGUAAUGACAGAUGUAUUGUAUGUUUGCGUUAUGUUAAUCCAGGCAGAAAGUUCAAUGUUACUGAUUUGCUGUUCACUGCCCUCCCUCCGUCUCUAAUGAGACACGUAGCCAAAUGCAGUUGACCCAUCGCAUCACUGGGGGGGUGAAAAAAUGUAACUUUUGUCAGGGAAAGUGUAUUUAGAUUGUUGUAAAUAUCUUUCCUGGUGGUGUUCUGUGGUUCAUAUUCUCGACUGUGAGUUGCUGUUGUAACUUGUGAUGCUUGUCCUUGCUGCUGAAGUUUAUUUCAUUCAUGCUGAUUGUUACAGACGCUGUUUGAAAUGGUUUUACCAAGGAAGCCCUUUAUACCAACCAUGAGUUCAAUUCUCGUCAAAUGAUUAGAAUUUUAUUUGUAUUUAUUUUCUUACCACACAGUGCCAAAAAUGUACCUUAUCAAGAAAAUUUGUUGAGAGCAGUGAUUGAACAUUUUGAUAUUAGUGCAUUAUUUACUAAAUCUAUUUUCAGCUUGGCUGACCAAGUACUUUUCUAGCCUUUUGAGCUUUAUGCCGCAUUGCUAUUGAGUUGACUUUAAACUAAUGAACAGCUACAAAGUGCACUAAACCUUAAAACCAAACCAAUGUUUAGUUUUGUGGAACAUGAUCAAAACUGGUCACAGCCAGGGCAAUCAUGCACCCUGAAAACCAAUCACAUCGAAGAGCAGAUUAUCCCUUAUUAAAUCCUUGAUAAACCAGGCAAUGUACAAAAA